AUGCCUUACUCUGCCAAGCUGCUGCUCCUGAUCCUCUGCCUCGCUGCGCUCGCCGAGGGCGGCAAGCAUAAGAGCAGGAAACGGAGGUGGUCAGCAAACCUGGAAACCCACAAGCACGGAACCCCUCUAUCCAAAAAAGUGGUGGAUGGAACCAAGACACGCAAGGUGAAAACGGACCACCUGCUGCGGGUGGAAGAUCAUGAUUUUACCAUGAGGCCAGCUUUUGCAGGUCCAGCAGUCCCCGUUGGUGUGGAUGUCCAAGUGGAGAGUUUGGACAGCAUCUCAGAAGUGGACAUGGACUUCACCAUGACACUGUAUCUGAGGCACUACUGGAAGGACGAGCGACUCUCCUUCCCCAGCACCACCAACAAAAGCAUGACUUUUGAUGGCCGCCUGGUGAAGAAGAUCUGGGUCCCUGAUGUGUUCUUUGUCCACUCCAAGCGCUCCUUCAUCCACGACACCACCACCGACAACAUCAUGCUCAGGGUUUAUCCUGAUGGACACGUUCUGUACAGUCUCAGGGUGACAGUAACGGCAGCUUGUAACAUGGACUUCAGCCGCUUCCCUCUCGACUCACAGACCUGCACACUGGAGCUGGAGAGCUACGCCUACACAGAUGAGGAUCUGAUGCUGUACUGGAAGAGUGGAGAUGAGUCUCUCAGUACGGACGACAGGAUCUCUCUCUCUCAGUUCCUCAUUCAGAAGUUCCACACCAGCUCCAGACUGGCCUUCUACAGCAGCACCGGUUGGUACAACCGACUGUACAUCAACUUCACCCUGCGACGACACAUCUUCUUCUUCCUGCUGCAGACCUACUUUCCUGCUACUCUGAUGGUCAUGCUGUCCUGGGUGUCCUUCUGGAUCGACCGCCGAGCCGUCCCCGCCAGAGUCUCCUUAGGCAUCACCACGGUGCUCACCAUGUCCACCAUCAUCACGGGGGUGAACGCCUCCAUGCCCCGAGUGUCCUACAUCAAAGCCGUUGACAUCUACCUGUGGGUCAGUUUUGUCUUCGUCUUCCUCUCCGUCCUCGAGUAUGCAGCUGUGAAUUAUCUGACCACAGUAAAGGACGGCAAAGAGCGCAAACUCAGGGAGAAGGCGAGAGAACAGUCUCUGCCUUGCACCUGUGGCCUGUCCCACGGCAGGACUAUGAUGCUGGACGGGACAUACAGCGAGGCUGACAGUAACAGCCUGGCAGGGUACACCCGCGCUCCCAUGGCCACCGAGGAGCCCCCUGAGAAACAGGAGCGCAUGGUGGUCCACCUGUCCCUAGACAAUGAGUCCACGGGAACGAAAAAGAAAGGCCUGCGGGGCUUCCGCAUCAUCCAGAACACUCACGCCAUCGACACUUACUCUCGCAUGAUCUUCCCUGGGGCCUAUAUCUUCUUCAACCUCAUCUACUGGUCUGUGUACUGCUGAGCUGCCUCACAGCAGGGAAUACAGGCCCAGAGAGUGCUGUAAAUCAGGCCGUCCCAGUGCAAUUGGAGUGCUUCUGGCUGUAGAUACUAGUGAAAUCUAAAGACUUCAUGCUUUUUGGUGUACAUGAACAAACCAAGCAAGAAACAAGACCGCUGGAAAUAUAAUUGGGCUCUCGAAUAACUGGAUGUACUUCAUCUCAUGAAGGAGUAAUGUAAUGUCUGUGGAAACAUCGUGAAACUUUUGACGUGGCAAUAAGAGAUUUCAGUGCUUGGACCCCUCACAUUGCGCCGUAAAGUCUGAAUGGCGCUACCACAAGGGACUUUCUAAAAGCUCAAAUCUACCCAGCAGUUUUUCUUUGUGUUACAGGGCAUGCACCGCUGAGUGGGAUUUACAUCAGCUUUUCCUCGGCUUGGCUCACUUCUCUCCUCAUUUGAAUUCCUGGCUGUGCUGACGUCACGCCUCCGCCAUGGCUGAGCUGUAUGUGUUUGGACUUUAAUUGUGAAACUCUGUGCUUUCUGCAAAUUCAGUGCUGGUCUCGCUACUAGCUGUUAUUGCUUACUGUGGCAUUCCAAAACCCACACUAAAUCUUACAGUUCAAAAGAGGAGCGUUACUUUACCUCCAUUCAACUGUGCCAGCAUCCAAUGCAUGAAGUGAGGCAGGUUAAUGGAUUUUUGUUGGGCAGAAAAGUGACUUAUACAACUAGUCCUGCGGUUUUGGUCAGUUAUGCUAAUUUAAAAGACAGGCACACAUCCUCCACUUUAUUAGAAACACCUACCAUGAACUUC